AUGCCCCAGCUGAGUGAUGAUGAUUUCUUCUCAAAUGAGGAGAUUAAUAUUGAUAGAGAAGACAAUGACUCUGACAAUGAUUCCUUGGAGACUGACAGCUCUGAAGCCAGGUUUUACAUGAUCCAGGGCCAACUGCUGCUGUCCAUGAGCUGUGAAAGGCCCUUGCAAUUGCUCAGAAAGCUUACACUGAGACACGUGUUGAACUAUGCAGUGUACAAAAGGAGCUCCAUAACUUCAGAAAGCCUGAGUAUUGAUGCCAGUAUCUCUAAGGAAGUGAAGAGCUCUCUCCAUAAGCACAUGGAGACCUAUAAGCAGUUUGGAUCUAUUUUUAUGAGUGCUCUCAGUCAAGAAUGGUCCAACAUCCUGAGGGCUAUUAAAGACUGUGCUGGCAUUGUUUCCUCACCAUAUGGGCUUGACCCCACCUGCCUUUCUGGCCAUCCUUUGGGAAGGAAGGAAGAUCCCAAGUUUCAGGUUCUACUGAAGAAAGAUGGUGUUGGCAAAUACAUGUGUCUUGCUCCAAUUCUUUUCAAAAAGCAUGACAACAUGGUUGCUAGCAAGUUUCUUGCUCGUUUUCUAGUGUCUCCAGAUUUAGAGCUCUCUUCCAUCAGUGGGGAGACUUGCAUUCCAUACAACUCCGACUAUGACCUCUAUGUUGAAAAGCUUUCGAAGAAAAGCAAUUGGGCUCUCCAUGUUUUUGAUCAUGUGAAUCAUGAGGUGUUUGGUAAAGACUCACAGUCAAAGAAUGUGUCAUUAGUUCCUCCAGUUCCUCCAACUGCCCAGCCACAUACUUGGGAAGAUGAGAUGUUGUCCAAAAUUGAGAAUCCUACACCUCAUAUCACAGCUCCUGCCUCUCCCACUGUCAACACAUUUGUCAAUCCUGCAUUCCUGAAUUCUCCUUCUGCUUUGCUGCAGGGCUUUGACAUGGCUACCCACUCAUCCUCAUCCACUUCUAGCUGUCAUGGAAACAUGCUCUCUGUUUCCACAGUUUCUCAGCUACAACUUGAGGUUGAAUCCUCACAUGCUGCUGAGGACAAAACAAUUGUUGACCUGCCUGAACCCCUGAAACACACCAUGCAUAAUACUACCCAUGCUGGAAAGGUCUUGAAGACCAAGAAAUAA